ACUGAACAGGUUCUGAAAAUAGAUAGGAUAUUUCUAUAAACGAGAAGUUUCUUGGAUUCUUGUUUAACAAUAAUAUCUCUCUAUCAAUGAUCGAAGAGAACUUGAUAUUUCCUUUUCACAUAAAAAAUAAAUGAGCGUUCUCUUCACAUUCGCGUCAAUUAUUUUUCUGAAGUUUUGUGUUGUGUUAGGAAUAUGGCAUAUGAAGAAAAGGACGUUUGGGAGAAACGAAUUGAAAAAAAUGAAGACUUUGAAGAAUUUCUAGAAGAAAAACCUGCAGAUUUCGAGACGGCUAUCACAGCCACUAAUUUCGGAAAAUUCAAUUGGGUUCUAUUAUGCCUUGCCCUUCCAGUCAGCUGGGGAAACCUGUUCGAGACGACGACCAUGUCCUAUGUUUUUCCAGCUGCCCAAUGUGACCUGAAUUUAACGUUAGAAGACAAAGGAAUGCUAAACGCAGCAGUCUACUUUGGAACCAUUACCAGUGCGUUCUUCUGGGGCUUUCUAUUCGACACUUUCGGAAGGAGAAAGUUGCUUAUGAUUGGAUAUUUUAUGGAUGCUGUCAUAGUAAUCAUCAGUGCUUUCUCCCCCAAUAAGCACUUCCUGAUGUUCAUGAAGUUUUUGGGUGGUUUUAUUAUAAAUGGACCAUACGCAGCAGCUCCCACAUAUUUAUCAGAAAUGCAUGCUGCGAAAUAUCGGUCAAGGAUGCCUCUGUUACUUGGAGUUGGGAUGUCCCUUGGAAGCAUGUUUCUUCCAUUAUUGGCUGCUAUCAUUCUUCCUUUGAAUUUCAAGAUUUCUCUGAUGGACAGCUUUGCAUUCCAUUCUUGGGGUUUCUACCUCAUGAUAAAUGCAGUUCCAUCCCUAUUGAGUGGUAUAAUUUUUAUGUUUUUACCUGAAAGCCCAAAAUUUCUUAUGUCGAUGGGAAGAAAUGAGGAAGCAUUGAAGGUUUUCCAGAUGAUGUUCAAAAUGAAUACAGGAAAACCUGUUGAGAUGUACCCUAUACGUAAUUUAGUAAAAGAAAAUGGAGAAAAGGACAAUCCACACACAAAAAAGACUUUCUUUGAUAAUCUGAAGAAGGGCUAUGUUCAAAUCAGACCACUAUUCAGUUUUCCUCAUCUACGUCUUCUGCUUCUGGUAUGUGGAUUACAAGGAUUUCAACUCAUGAGCUUGAACACCCUUCGAUUAUGGAUGCCCCAACUAUUCCAAGCCAUCAAUGAUUAUAAGUAUCUCAAUAAUGGAACAUCCUCAAGUUUGUGUGAGAUGUUGAGCAUUAUUCGUCCAACUACAGGAAAGAAAGAGGAUUGUUUUGUGAAUUUCGACAAUUUGGAGGUUUAUAUCAAAUCCGCUUUGGCUUCUUCGAUGCUGUUGAUCGGAUACCUGCUGGCCAGUAGUCUGAUAAACGCAGUUGGACAAAAAAGACUCCUGAAUAUUAUAAGUUUCGUUGCGAGCUUUGCGGCAAUUGGAUUGUAUUUUGCUCCGAAUAGUGCUGCAGUCACUGUAGCAAUUUCUGCUUUCAAAAUGUUCGCUGGCGUUGGAACUAAUGUAAUUAUCGUCAUUAUUGUGAAUUUCUUCCCGACAACGUUGAGAACGAUGACAGUAUCUUUGGCUAUGAUGACAGGAAGAGGAGCUGCUACUUUUGGUAACUUGAUUUUUCCAUAUCUGCUCAAGAUAGGAUGUGCACCCCCUUUUCUCUCAAUAGCUGGACAGGCUUGUGCUCUCUUCUUUCUGUCACUGUUGUUGCCUGAACAAAGGACUACUUUUAUAUGAAGACUGAUUGUAUUUAAUUUAGAAUAUAAUUUUAAGGAAAUAGCAAA